CUUUAUUUGGAAAAACAGACUAUUCUGACCCGUUGGCAUUAAACAAGGAACUCCUGACGUUCAGUACAUCCUCACAAAUAUACAGCUCGAUCUGCCUUAUCUGAUGUCUCGACGUUAAUCAGCUCUUUUGCAUAUCACGUGCUUGGCCCUGGCCAAUAACCUCGCGAUCUUUCUGUACUCAGGCGUGCUGGUAUCGUUACUCAGCCGGAGUCCCUGUCUCAGCUCAGUUGAGUGGAUUUUGAAAAAGAGCUGGUCGUCUCGAUGUAGGGCAUGCUAUGACCGCGUCAUUACUCCUCCACUCGCACUGGAUCGACCCGGUGAUGUUCCUCUACGACAGCGGCCUGGAUGAAAGAAGCAAGAACAUGGAGGGAUUCACUGGAGGGAAUUUUGCUGCAAACCAGUGCAGGAAUUUGUUAGCGCAUCCAACCUCGCUGGCUCCCAGCACCACUUACACAGCAAGUGAGGUGCCAGUGUCUGGCAUGGGGGAGCCUGGCAAACAAUGCAGCCCCUGUUCUGCCACUCAGAGCUCUCCAAAUGCGUCUUUGCCUUAUGGAUACUUUGGCAGCAGUUAUUACCCGUGCAGGAUGUCACACGGCAGCGUCAAGGCGUGCGCGCAACCCUCUGGAUACAGCGAUAAAUACAUGGACUCACCCGUGUCUGGUGAAGAGUUUUCAACCAGGGCUAAGGAAUUUGCGUUUUAUCAGGGUUAUUCCUCAGGUCCUUACCAGCCCAGCUACCUGGACGUCCCUGUGGUACCUGCCCUGAGUGCUCCCUCUGAGCCCCGACAUGAGUCUCUGCUGCCCAUGGAGCCCUACCAGCCAUGGGCCAUCACUAAUGGCUGGAGUGGUCAAGUUUACUGCGCCAAGGAGCAGCCACAGUCAAACCCUCUGUGGAAAUCCUCCUUACAAGACACGAUAUCAGGUGGAGACAGCUCAAUUCGCCGAGGGAGAAAGAAGCGCGUGCCAUACACUAAGGUGCAACUGAAGGAGUUGGAGAGGGAGUACGGCGCCAAUAAAUUCAUCACCAAGGACAAAAGGAGGAGAAUAUCUGCGCAGACAAACCUGACAGAGAGACAAGUGACUAUCUGGUUUCAGAACCGGCGCGUAAAGGAAAAAAAGGUGGUCAAUAAGUUCAAGAGCUCCAGUUAGCUGUGGACUUAAUGCAACAGGAGAGGAAGUGCGGACACGGAUGUGCCUUCAUCCUAAAAACUGUGCGAUAAUUUAUUUCAUGCUAUGAACUGCUUCUCGGUCGCCAGAGCGGCUCUGUUUUUGACAUGCACAUUUCCUUCCUCACGUCUAAUUGGAACCAGUCGGUGCGGCCUGUUGACAGGAGGUCGGAAAUGGUUUGCAACUUUUGGCCAAGGCGAGUCUAAGAGGGCUGAAUGAUGUCCUCUUAAUACUCAUCAAACAGGCAUUCUGCAUAUAAGACACGAGACCCCCAAAGCAAUGCUGCGCUUUUAUCCUACUGAAUUCAAUCCAGAAUUUAACGCUCAUGUCCGUGGAUCCAUUUCCCAGGAUUGCUUUCAACCUGCAAAAAAAUACAUGUCAUUUUCAGCUCGUGAUCAUCAGGAUGAGGCAGAGUUUUGCAAACAUUAUUUAAUUUAUAGUAGACUGAUCGUUUUUAAAGCGAUAUGGAAAAAAUCUAUAGGCCUACUGGUCGUUGCCUACACAGUGUAAACCUACAACACCUCUAGGUUCUAACUUUAUGCGUAAAUUCUGCAAACUCUGUUUGAAAGCUUGAAAAACUGGAUUUACAUCACAUCCCUGAUUUCGUUAAUCCAGUAUCUCCAUAGUAAAAAAAGCUCUGUUUUGAUUCUACCAGUAUUAAUUGAGUCCUGACCAAACGGGAAAACUACGCAUGUUCAUGGUUAUGUCCGUGUUAAUGACUUUUUUUCUACUACAUGGUGUUUUUGCUCAGAACAAGUCUGUCUGGGCCUGGCUGACCUGUCUGUGCCUGUCAGUCAGGAACGAUUUCACAGAGAAGCGCUGAACACUUUGACAUAUUUAAACACGUAAAUACUCUCUGACUGCCACUAUCUAUUCUCUUUUUUUUUUACUGCA